AUGAACUUUUCAGGAAGUUUGUCUAGUGCGGUUUUCUUGGUUGCUGGCACUACCGUAGGUGCAGGGAUACUUGCGAUUCCAGCCGUGACACAAGAAUCAGGCUUUCUGGCCUCUGCAGUCGCCUGCAUUCUCUGUUGGGCUUUCAUGGUGAUUACUUAUGGUUCUUCUUAUCUCUACUGUUAUGUUUCUUCUGCAAGUAAUAGAUUGGUCAUUAGAAACAUAAGUUGGCUUCAGGUUGUGACAGGUUUGCUGGUUGCUGAAGUUAAUGUCAACACCAUGUCCGAACUAGGCUCUGGUGGCGUAUCUCUUGUCUCAAUGGCGAAGCGGACUCUUGGAUCUGUUGGAGUUCAAGUUGCUUCCUGGUCCUACAUUCUCAUACAUUACACUCUUCUCGUGGCCUACAUUGCUCGGUCUUCAGGCAUACUUACAAACUUCCUCGGCAUUCCAAUAUGGGAGAGUGCAACUCUGUUCUCACUGGUUCUCGGAGGCAUUUGCUUCUUUGGAAGCCAGAGAUUCAUUGGUGCAACUAAUGGAGUUCUUGUGUUUGGACUAAUUGCAUCGUUUGCAGCACUCGUGGCAGUUGCGAGUGGAGACUUGCACUGGGAAGCUCUUCUCAAGGCUAACUUUGACGCCGUUCCCAUGAGUAUACCCAUCAUUGCCCUCUCGUUUGUUUAUCAGAAUGUGGUGCCGGUUCUCUGCACGGAUCUUGAAGGAGACUUGCCGAAAGUAAGAACCGCGAUUGUUCUUGGCACAGCCAUACCACUUGGCUUGUUUCUUGUGUGGAAUGCUGUAAUUCUUGGAUCGUUUCCAGUUACCGGGGUGGCUGCUGAGAAGAUGAUUGAUCCUUUGCAGCAAUUAAGAUCAAGCAGUGUCAAUGUCGGUCCUUAUGUGGAAGCAUUCUCUCUUAUCGCAAUCGCAACAUCUUAUAUCGGAUUUGUCUUAGGCCUCUCUGAUUUCUUCUCCGACUUAUUGAAGCUACCGACCGGGCAGAACAAGCCUCUUCUUUACCUUCUUACACUGAUUCCACCGCUUCUCCUGUCUCUUCUGGAUCCAGAGAUUUUUUUCAAAGCCUUAGAUUUUGCUGGAACAUAUGGAGUUCUUGUAUUGUUCGGAAUCCUCCCAGCUGCAAUGUCUUGGUCAGAUAGGUACUCAGUAUCAUCAUCAACAGCAACAAGUUUGCCGCGGCUUGUUCCUGGAGGCAAACUCACCCUUUCUAUUGUCAUGGGAGCUGCAGGAUACGUGAUUAUUUCUGAAGUGAUUGACAAUUUUUCACGGUACUUGAGUGUUACUCAACAAUAA